CAUCGGUACAUGAUGGAGAGAACGUGAUUGGACCAAAAGUUUGAAAAUAUGUUUUCUAGUGUCUGUACAUUUUACAUGAUGCAGCAUGAGUUGGAACUGCGGUCCUGGGUAUUUUAUAUCCAUUCGACUUUGGAAAUGUCGCCCUGUCGGGGUCCGUGUCUCCUCGACGGCGUUCCUCGAGUUUGAACGGGCAUUGCACAAGGCGGAGCACUCUUGGCUCGCCUGUUCCCAGCAUUCUCUUGCUGCCGAACUCCCGGAUCGCGACGUGCAUCAGAAUAGCCGGAUCAGGAUAAAGGAGAACCAGUGACUGCGCAGUGUGCAGCAAGUAGGUUGGUAGGUAUACGUGCACGUCUCACCAAGGCAACGCACCGCUCGCUGCCUGCCUGUGAAGCAGAGCGGAAGGGACAGGGACAGCAACCGCGACGUAGGGAUGGGGAUGAGCGGCGGCGAGGCGUCGGGGAAGAGGCAGCAGUUCGGGAGCAUGGAGGAGUUCUGGGGCUUCUACCUGAGCCAGCACUCCAAGCCGGGCACGCGGCGGUGGCACUUCCUCGGCACGCUGGCCUCGCUCGCCUGCGCGGUGCUCGCGGCCGCCACUGGCCGCGCCGCGAUCCUCCUCGCGGCGCCCGUUCUCGGGUACGGCAUGGCGUGGUACAGCCACUUCUUCGUGGAGGGCAACCGCCCCGCCACGUUCGGCCACCCCGUGUGGUCCUUCAUCUGCGACUACCGCAUGGUCGUGCUCAUCCUCACCGGCCGUAUCGACGCCGAGCUCGCCCGCUUCCGCAUCCGGCCGACGUCUGACGUCGCGGCGACCUCUGCGCACCAGGACUGAUACCGCCUAUCUUUCUGGCCUACCCGUAGCGUGUUUGGAAUGGAGGCCUCAAUCAAUCGAAAUCGAUUACCAGCAGCAGGCAGUUCGUACCUGCAUGCUUUGUGGUAAUAUCUGUAUCAAUAACCACUUUAACUUGUAUCUCUCCUAUAAUAAAUACCAUGUUCUUGCUUUC